AAAAAAAAAAAAAAAUGAAGAAGUCUAAGAAACAGUUAAAACAAAUAUUUAAAGAUUUUGAUAUAAACGAUGAAGGGCUCUUGGAUACUGAAUAUUUGUUUAAAGCAUUGAUAUCUUUGGACUUGCCUAUAGAACAAUCAGAUAUACCGGAUUUAUUUGAAUCUGUAGGACGAGAAAAGGAAGGAACAGUGACACAAGACGAUUUUAUAGAUAUAGUAACAGAAUUAAUGGACUGUGAUAUAGACGAUGGAGAAAUAUCACAACAAGAAGCAAAUGACUCUUAUUUAAUAACAGAUACAGCUUUUAAUAUGUUGGCUGAUCCUGCUGUUAAUGGCAUUACUUUAGAAAGCUUACUUAAAGCAUGCGAAAUGCAAUAUGAAUCUUGGACAAAGCAACAAGUAAUGGAAAUGAUGAAUGAAGCUGAUCUAAAUCAUGAUGGCUUGAUUGAUUCUGAUGAAUUUAAAAAAAUUUGUAAAAAAGCAGGUUUAUUGUAGAAAGAGAAUAUACCAUUGU